AUGCUUAAAGAUGAUCUCGGAUUGAAGGCUAACAAGAAACGUGUCGAACCGGCUCUUACCGAUCUUAAAAAAGUGAAGAGAAUUAAAUUUGCAAACUGGAUUUUGAACAAUUUCGAUAAAACAAAAACUUUACGAAUAUUGUUUUCUGAUGAAAAAUACUUCGAUCUGGACGGUAUGUACAAUCGGCAAAAUGAUAGAAUCUGGGCAGUAGAUCGUGCUGAAGCUGAUGCUAACGGUGGAAUCAAGCAAAAACAACAGUUUCCAGGAAAAUUCAUGGUGUGGUUAGGUGCUUGUUCGAAAGGAAUUACACCAUUGGUAAUUUCUGAAAAUGGUACCAUGAAUCAUCAACGAUACAUUGAUGAAGUACUUCCAAUUCCUAAAAAAUACGAUGAUAAACAAUUUGGAGAUGACUGGACAUACCAGCAGGAUGGAGCCAGGCCACACACGGACAAACAUUCAAUGAAAUGGUGUUACGAUAACAUGCCUGCAAUAAUCGACAAACAACGUUGGCCACCAAAUAGUCCUGAUCUCAAUCCUUUGGACUAUAGUGUAUGGACUGAAUUUGUACAACAAAUUAAUUGGAAUGUUGUACGAUCAAAACAAACUUUAAUUGAAGAACUGAAACGAUGUGUGAAAAAAAUUAGACCAGAAACAGUUUUAAAAAGUUGUGAAAGUUGGACCAAUCGAUUGCAUCGUUUAAAAAAAUUAACGGAAACUAUCUUCAUUAAUAAAGACACCUGGUUUUGUAGAGAAUUUCAAGAGGAAUCUAAUAAAAAAAAAAUUAAGUCGAUUGGAUGA